GCCAGCCUGGCGGCGAACAGGCAGAGCAGCUCUUCGGGGGGCACCAGCGCCCAGCCAGCACCUGCCCAGCAGCCCACGAUCAACCUGGCGACGUCUCCGGCGGCCGCGCAGCUGGUGAACCGUGCGCAGAGCGGGGGGCCGGGCGCGGCGGGGAUGGCUCAGCAGGCAGUGCUGCUGGGAAACGCCGCCUCGCCCGCCCUCACCGCCAGCCAGGCACAGAUGUACCUGCGGGCACAGAUGCUCAACCACAGCCAAGAAGAUUCCAGUCGGUGCUCGGACAACUCCAGCUACGAGGAGCCACUUUCCCCCAUCUCGGCCAGUUCCUCCACGUCACGACGGCGACAGGGAGAACGGGACCUGGAGCUGAGGGACAUGGAGCUGCCUGAUGUCCACGUCCGUGACCUGGCGGGCAUCGGCCACCGCUUCCUGCCCAGCGAGCCCAGCAAGUGGAACGUGGAGGAUGUUUAUGAAUUCAUCCGCUCGCUGCCUGGCUGCCAGGAGAUCGCAGAGGAGUUCCGGGCGCAGGAGAUCGACGGGCAGGCGCUGCUGCUGCUGAAGGAGGAUCAUCUGAUGAGCACCAUGAACAUCAAACUGGGCCCUGCCCUCAAGAUCUACGCCCGGAUCAGCAUGCUCAAGGACUCCUAG